AGUACGUAUCUGCACGAAGCCAAUCACGGUAAUGGAAGCUUUUUCUGCGUUUCUAGAUUUCAUUUCUGACAAUGUAUGUCAUGAAGAAGGUGUAUUUUCGGGUCAAAAUCAUUUGUGUGACAUCUGAUUAUAAUGGUUAUGUUGGACAAAGAGAACCAAAAACUGAAUAUCUGUUAUCAAUUGUGUCGAAUGUUUGCUUGUAAUAUGCCUUUUAGCCACCUUUUCCAUCACAAAGACUCCAAAGAUGAACCCAAUCGUGAUUCGACAUCAAAUUCAAGUGAGUCACAUUCCCACAGGACAGACAGCGGAAGUGGACACUCUGUCAGGUCAUCCAUUGAACACGAAGAGAUGACUGAGUACUGGUUAAUAUCAGCACCUGGUGAUAAGACGUGCCAACAAACAUGGGAGACCAUGAAUGAUUUGACAAGUAAACAGAACAACUUGUCUACAAAUUUUAAGUUCCAGAUUCCAGAUUUGAAGGUUGGUACCCUCGACCAAUUGGUAGGUCUCUCUGAUGAUCUGGGCAAGUUGGAUGGUUUUGUAGAGCAGGUUACGCGCAAGGUAGCGCAAUACCUGGGCGAGGUCCUCGAGGACCAGAGGGAUAAGCUUCACGAAAAUCUGAUGGCUAACAAUAAUGACAUUGAAUCGGUAGACAACAAAAAACGCGAGCACCGACGACGCCGCGCAAAAAGCAGGGCGGUUCCGAACGGUCGGCACCACCGCGGCCAUUACCUGGAAGAGGGCAGCACCAGCUGUCCAGCAUCCCCCGUUGAGCGAACGCAAGAAACAAACGCUAGCGCGGUAUCCAUGUCCGCACCACUGAUGCACGGCCUGUGUCUGUUCGGGUGUGCGUGCGACGGCUGUAUGGUCAUGGACGUCGACCCUGGAGGAGGUGGGGGGCACGCGCUGGAUCUGGAAACCACCACUGGCGGCAGCGAGGAAGACGACGGCUCCCCGACUCGAACCGACCUGGUGCUCGGGCCAGCCGAUUUACCGACUUACUUGACGCGGUUCCAGUGGGAUAUUGCCAAGUACCCUAUUAAGCAAUCCCUACGUAAUAUUGCUGAUAUAAUCAGCAAACAAGUGGGGCAAAUAGACGCUGAUUUGAAGACCAAGUCUUCUGCUUACAAUAACCUCAAAGGAAGUUUGCAGAGCUUGGAAAAGAAGCAGACGGGAAGCUUAUUGACUCGUAAUUUGGCUGAUCUUGUGAAAAAAGACCAUUUUAUUCUUGAUUCAGAAUAUCUACAAACUUUGUUGGUGAUCGUCCCUAGAUCUCAGUUCAACGAGUGGAAUGCAACAUAUGAGAAAAUAACCGACAUGAUAGUGCCUCGCUCCUCUCAACUGAUCACACAAGACAAUGAGUACGGCCUGUUCACCGUCACUUGUUCAAAAAGGUCGUGGAGGAGUUCAAGUUACAUGCCAGAGAAAAGAAGUUCAUCGUAAGGGAUUUCGUAUAUAAUGAGGAAGAAUUGGCCGCUGGCAAAGAACGAGAUCACUAAGCUGGUUACUGAUAAGAAGAAGCAAUUUGGACCCCUCGUAAGAUGGUUGAAAGUCAACUUCAGUGAAUGUUUCUGUGCUUGGAUCCACGUUAAAGCACUGCGAGUCUUUGUAGAAUCAGUGUUAAGAUACGGACUUCCUGUCAAUUUCCAAGCAAUACUGCUCCAUCCGAACAAGAAAUACAUCAAGCGUCUGAGGGACGUCUUGAACCAGCUUUAUGGUCAUCUGGACAGUAGUGCAGCUUUAUCAGGAUCAAAUCUUGAUAACGUGGACAUUCCUGGACUAGGAUUCGGCCAAUCAGAAUACUUCCCUUAUGUCUAUUACAAAAUUAACGUGGACAUGAUAGAGAAAGUUUAAAGAUCCCCAAAAUGUUAUAUAUUCCACUUUUAGUUUUUAACUUUAAGCACAAGCUCGUUCCAUUAUGAUGUAUGUUGAAAUUUUAUUUGCAAUUUAUUUAAAAGUAUUAUACUUGUUACAAAAUAGUAUUACAUUUAGAAACAUUCUUUGGAAUGUUAAUUCCUCUCAAAAGUUUGAAUGUGUAUAUACAUGUUAUUUUUACAUUUAGUGUACAGUAGGCUUCACAUUGUUGACAUUUUGACAAUACAUAUAUGAAAAAAGGUAAUUAUAUUUUGCAAUAAUACUGUACCAUGUUUACUUUCGGUAAUCUGUUUGAAACAGUAUUCUUUUAUUGUAAAUAUAUGGAGAUGUAUAUAGAAGUGCAUUAAAGAACUAUUCAAUGAAUUCUUUUUCCUGAAAUAGCUUCAUGUCAUCCUAAAGAGGCUACUCUUCAUCAAGUGUGUCAAGUGAAAUUUCUAUUUCACUCAAGUGUUACUAAAUUGUUGCUAUUGGUAAUUGAUAAAAUUAGUAAGGACAUCAACUCGGCCACUUCCGACCAAAAAGCGUCGAAGGUUAGAACAAUCUGUGCCCACGACACAUUUUUUGGAAAUAUUGUGUACUAUUGGGGUGAAAAUGCCCAAAGUCUUAGCGAAUUUCGGAUCAGUUAAGGGUCAAGUGCUAUGUAAGCAGAUUUUUUUUACAAUUAUUAACCCCCCUCCCCAUUGUCAGCAAUCUCUCAUCCUCCUCCCAUGAUUACAUAAGUAUUAAUACAUGUAUUUUUCGAUCUGUUCUGGUUUCUUUAUUGAUUCAUCAACAGCAGUUAUCAAGUCUACGUAGAAAUAAGGAAUAGGCUUAGGGUAGAGGAAUUAAACACAAAUAGUAUGUAUUUAAACAAAUUGGUGACAUGGUAAUUCGAUUAUAAUUUUUUGUAUAAACAGUCAAAUUAAGAGUCCUCAGUCCAUGACACACACAUCCAUGACAUGGGAUAUUUGCUGCUUGAUGUUGUGUCCCUGCUCACUUUUGUGUGAUUUUUCCAUAUGUGUUAAAAAUCAAAAGCAACUAAAUUUUUUAGGAAACCCGAAAAAGUAAAAGAAUAAAUAUUGCUGACGUGAUAGCCAUUCAAAUCCUCCAUGUCAUCAAAAAUGAGCAAAGACCGCCGUCCUCUUUAGUGCUUAUCUAAUACUUGAACGGUCCCAAAAACACAUUCACAAAGGUGCUAAGAAUCGAUAAAUAACAUACGGAUAUUGAUUUAUUAUCAAAAUAAGUAAAGGCCCCCGCCCUCAUUAGUGCUUAUGUAAUUCUUGAAUGUUCCGUAAUACACCUUAAAAAGGGUCCGAAGAAUCGAUAACACAUGCAGAUAUAGACUUUGUUCGAUUCUUUGUUCAAACCAUUUAGGUACUUUGAAAUAUCUUUUAGCUUCCAGUGUCAUUGUACAUAUUUUGUCAGAUGAUAAAUCCUGCAGGACAAACACAGCAAGAUAUUGAAGCGAGUUUACUAUGUAGUGUUGGUAUGUUACUAUUUUUUUGCUUUGAAUAUUAUGUUCACCUCUAGUAUUUGUCACUAGUAUACGCUACGUUUGUUCGUCUACUGAGGUAAGCAGCUGAUCAUCAAGUGACAUCUUGAAGUCUGUAGCUAUAUGCUCAUACAAAGGGUGGUAUAAAAGUUUCGCAAUAUAGCUUUAUUUUAUUGACUUCGUUUAAAGUAAAUUCCACCACAUUCAAUACACUUCUCCAGCCGCCAAAACCAGUCCAUAAACCAGCUCUACCAAGUUUCACCCGGGAGUGCGGCACACUCGUUGUCCCAAGCCCUGAGAAGGUCCUCAUCGCUAGACAACCGUUUUCCUUCCAGCUUCAUUUUCAUAUGCGGAAACAGUGCAAAGCCGCAGAGACAAAGAUCUGGACUGCGAGGAGGGUGCUAAAUAAGUUUCAGUCCAGUAGUGGUCAAAUACUCGGUGCAGACUUUGGCGCGGUGAGCUGGAGCGUUGUCAUGGUGGAGGUACCAAGUGUUCAUUCUUGACUUUGGCCGCAGGUUUUUCAUAGACUCUAUGACUUUAGACAGUCACUGUUUCGUGUACCACUUAGCUGUGACUGUUUUCUGUGUGUCCAAAACAACACGCUCCACAAUCCCGCUCGAUUUGAAAAAUACAGCUAUUAUUUUUUCUUAACAGAUCGGUAUUUUCUAACAGCUACGGGCGUGUCCUCAUCAUCAAAGACCCAAACUUUGUUUUGAGCCUUGGUUGGCAUAUCGUAAUAAUAGAGCCAAGUCUUGUUACCUGCGAUGAUGCUGUUCACAUGCCGAGAUUGCACCUUAUCAAACAUUUUCAGUAUCUUUCGGCACCAAGUCGUACGACGGGACUUCUGCUCUUCCAUCAGACUGUGUUACCCAGAGAGAACAAAGUUUCCUUACGUGUAAAUGGUCAUGCAGAAUUGAAUGAAUUCCUUCCCUCUCAGCGCCCUCCGGAGUGAAAAUGUCCCUUUGGAAUUAUAUGUACCAUGUGAAUAUAGUCGUACUAUGAGAACAAUCAUUCUUUAAUGCAAACGUUUCUACUAAGCACUGGUCUGUGCUGAAACCACGCGUAAAGUUAUACCUUAAAACUGCCCUUAUCUCACUACGUGACCACGAUGCCAUAGUCCGCACUUUACACUGUCAAUACGAAUGUACAACUAAAUCAAGAGACGUGCUGCUGGCGGCUACUAUGCACUCAUGGACAUGUCUCAACAUGCAGCCUCCUGCGUCCGUUUGUUAAGUCAUAUUGCAAGUUUUUUAUAGUACCGUUUAAAUAUAGUUGAUUACAGCGCCAUGUAUCAGAUACUAACCUUUUCAAGGUAGAUUUCUAAUUAUUGUGGAGAGGAGAAACAUAGUUGUGACAAAUUAUCAUAGAUGACGCUCGACAUGUCAUUACAUCUCGGAUAAUUUUUCACACGCGCGAAUAUUUCUUCAGGUAGAAUAGUGGUAGUUCUCAGCACCUGGCAGUACGGUUCCAUUGUGCUAGCGUCGUGGACUUUAACCUCACAUUCUUGUAACGUAUAUAUCAGUCAAAGCAAAAGCACUGGAAAGCAGCUUUGUAGUUAUUUAAUAAUAAUAAACGUCUUUAUUCGCUAAACAAUUACAAAAAAGAAACAAACCACUCUGUGAAAAAGAGUUUGACAAAGAGCGAAGUUCAGCUGUGUAUCACUGAAAUGACACACAUCUGUUUUUCUACUUGACCUUUUGAGCGUUAAAUCAUGUUAUAUUCAACACAACACGUAAUCCAAAGAAACACUCGAAUAAUAACAUAACAUACACGAAAAAAAUACUGACUUGCAUUAUCUAUAUAACAAUAUUGAUUAAUGUAUUAUACCUGAACAGCAGAACCAAAUGCUACAUUCUCACGUCCAAAAAAUUAUCUGAGAUAAACUUUGGAAAAGUUAGUAUCUCAUAGAUGGCGCGGUCUAGUUUAUAUGAGUUUAUAGAAGCAUACAGGUGUCUACAGCGCCAUCUAUAAGACAUAUACUUUGACCAGCUAAAAGCGUCCUAGCGCUCAUCCAGUUUCGAUGGAUGGCCGAGUUCUGCCAAAGAGCAAUUCAUUUCGGCUGGUCGGAGUUCAGAUCACCGAGGACUUGAUCUGGCACGAACGCAUCUCGUCAAUAACGAAAGCUGCUGGGAAAAAGCUAGGCUAUCUGUUUUGGACGAAGAAGUACUUUUCUCCGCAUGACUUUCUCACGCUAUACAAUACUCAGAUAAGUCCUACGUUCGAGUAUUGCUCACACGUCUGGGGUGCUGCCGCCCCAACUACAUUAUUUAUGCUCGAUGCUGUCCAGAGGAGGGCUGUCCGACUGAUCGAUGAUUCUUCUCUAACAGACAGUCUCGGGACCGCACCGGCGGGCCGUCGGAGACCUAGCUCUCUUCUACCGCUUCACCAACGGGCUUUGCUCCUCAAAGCUCUCUUCCAUGAUGCCGCCGCGCGAUGCGCCUGCCAGACAGACCCAACUGACUUUGGCCUCCCAUUCUAACCAUGUCGAACUUCGUACGUCCAGAACUAGCCGAUACGACCGCUCCUUUGUAACGAGCGUGUCAAGAUUGUGGAGCAAUCUAAAAGAGGAAGCUUUUUCCAGUUCUAUUAAUUUUAGGCACAAAAAUUGGAUUAACAAAAUUUCAUAGCAGCAGCGGUUGUCCCGGCAUUUAGGCUUCUGCCUGCGCGACUGCUUCGAUAUAAACUCACUUUUACAAAGUAUGUAUAUUGUAUAUUAAACAGAGAAACAGCUGUGACAAAUUCUCGCUGUGCUACGGUAUUGACAAUAUUCAAUGUUUUAAUUUUGUUUGGGAAACCAUUGUACACGCUAUAAAUUUUGUCGAUGAAACUUUGCUUGGAAAAGUCGUCCCUUAAAUCUAAUAUUGAAAGUACAGUUUACAUCAGGGUGAAUUUUCUAUAGAAUGUUUUCACCUGAAAAAAAUUGGUUCAAAUAGCAGCAAUUUAGAAACACAGGUAGUUUUUGGGCACAAUUUGGUGACGUUCAAACGAACCAUAGGUAAAUAUUUUAACUUUUGAUACACUUGAGGGGAAUUGCCACGACUGUUUCGCAAACACUAGGAUUUCAUAACGACCUGUUAUCGAACAAAUGAUUUUUAGUCAGAUGAAAUGGUUCCUACAUAGUUUUCAAGUGACUGCUUAAAAAUUAAAGUACAGUUAACGACAUAUAUUUUUACAGACUGUGGAUAUACCAGGGCUAGGAUUGGGUCAAACUGAAUAUUAUCCGUAUGUUUACUUCAAAAUUGAUAUAAGUAUGGUCGAUCACAAAUAAAUCAAAACAAAACCAUUUGUGCAACUGUGAAUUUAAUUUUCUAUAUCAAAAAGCUUUUUGAUUG